GCAGCUGCAGAAGCCCCCGCGCAUGGACUCGCCCACCUUCCUCAGCGCACCUGUCCUUCCACAGCGAAGGACCAGUGGCCUACAAAUAAGGACGCAGCCGACAGAGCCGCAAACGGCAAACCAGAUCUGGGGGACGUGCUCGGCAUUGACAACCACAAACCGCAGAGCAUGAACGACAGCAAUAUGAGCAUUGAUUCGGAAGCGCGCGCACGCUCGGCAUCGACACAGGGCGGGAUGCCGAUUCUGCAGACCAUCGAUGACGGUAUCAAAAUGUACUUUGUCUACGUCCACCCGUGGAUGCCAAUUCUGCACCGCCCGACCUUUGAGAGGCAGGUGCUCGAUGGCACUGUCGAUCCAAUUCUGUACUACGCGGUACAGGCUGUGGCUGCGCGCUUCAAGGAGCGCGAGCCCACCAAGCAGGGCCGCAUUGGCCGCCGCCCGUUCAAGCGCGGACAGCGGUUUGCCCGUGCUGCACGCAUCCUGCUGCCCGCAGCGCUCAAAAACUCGCGGCUGUCGACGCUGCAGGCAAUCACCAUCCUGGCGCUGUACAUGUCGGUGUCGGGGCACUGGCAGGAGGGCGCAGCGUACGAGAAGCUGGCUGUGCAGCUUGCGUUCAUUGGCCAGUACCACCUGCUCGACGAGGAGUUCCUGCUGCCGCCCGUCACAAACAACAUGGGUCUGUACGAGACUGGCUGGUCCGAGCACUCGCACCCGGCAAGACUCGAGGUUCUGAGCCGCCCUGGCGGCAUCCUGGACCACGAGCAGCGGCGGCGCGCCUGGUGGUCGAUUUUCCAGCUCGAGCGGUUCAACGGCUUGGCCAUGGGCCGCCCGCCCAUCAUCAAGCCCGGAUGGCACUGGGUCUGGCUGCCGUGCAGCGAGGAGCUGUGGACGCAGGAGAAUCCCUCUGGGCCGCUGGCCUGGGAAAUGGGUCUGGCCGACUUUUCGCAGCGGCCCAACUCGUCCGUGUCCAACUGCCGCGUCGACCUGAUUCUGUCGCUGGUCAUGGGCCAGCUUCUGGAGCAGCGCACUGAGAUGUUCCGUCUGUUCUUCCCGCGCGUCGACCGCGGCACCCUGUUCUACGACAACCUCCCGACACAUUCGCUGGGCUGGACCAUGCGGCUGCGUCGGCUGGUCGAGGUCGUCGGCAGCUUGGAGCGCCGCAUCCGCCAGUGGCACGCAGAGCUCGACCGGUACGCCGACACCUUCUCGGCGCGCCGCCACGCCAACUUUGAAAUGGUCGGCGCCUCAUGCCAGAUCCACCUGUACGCCUGUGUGCUGCAGAUCCGCGAGCAUUUGUUUGAGGAUCUGCUGGUCAAUGAGGAGGCCAACAAGGCUGCCGGCGUGAGAACCGGCCUCAACACCGAGCAGGGGUCCACGGGCGUCACCACACCGGCCAAUGGCCCGGCAGCGAGCAAGGACGAGACGCUGAAGCAGAACAGAAUCUCCGAAACCGCUACCAACAGCCGCGAGCUCGACUUUGACCUGCCCUCGUCGCGCAACUCAUCAGUUGACCUGUCAGCUGUGUUUGAGCGCCAUACGGGCAUGCCAUUUGAGCGCUCGACGUACCAGCGCGGGUACAUGGCCAAGGCGAAGCGCCCAGAGCUGACCCUGCAGUUUGUCAGCGAUCUCGAUACGCUGGCGCAGCGCUGCUGGGACCGCUCGGUGGCCAUGGCAGACGAGAUCGCCCGCCUUCUAGCGCGUGCAUUGGCUCAAGCCCUUUGACAGCGCUGCCGGCACCAGCGCCGGAGACCUGUCUGGGUUCGUCGCCAGCAGCGUCAACCCCGGCAAGUCCUACGACCACCAAGUCGGCGAUGCCAAGCUGGCUGCCUGGACACUCGGCGGCAGCAGCACGAAGGGGCAGCAGCCGCAGCAGCCACAGCCG